AUGUCUACCAACAACAGCUCUACUCCUCGACCACGAAAAAUCCUCGGCAAAACCCCUUUUAUCCAACAUCCCCUAGAAAAAUGUGCAAAAUCCGAGAAGAUUUCACAAGAAAAGGAUGGCGACUGGGAUCGCGCUUGGCUUGAGGAAAUGGGUUUGCUGUCGAUCUUCUUCGAAUCACCGAAGAAUCCCAAGCCAGUCACCGUUUCCGAUCCUCAAACCGAAGAGAUGUACCAAUGCUUCGUGUACGAACAAAAACUGGAAAUCGUAAGAAGAAAGGAAGAAAAACGUCAAGAAUUCCAAAAGGAAAUCAAUGGAAAAUUACUUGCUGUUUCCAAAAAUCUGUCUGCCGAUGACUUGCAAAAAAUAAAAUCUGACUAA